AUGCCACUUCCUAAGGCUACAAGUGCAAGUUUGUCUUCACUUUCAAGUUCGUCGACUUCUCAUUUAUCGAUUCUGGGCACGCAUCCACAUCCACAAAUACGAUCAAUAAAUCAUGCGCAUCGUCUGGUACAACAACCAACAGUGAUUCCAAAUCACAUCAUGUCCCAAGUGAAGAUGCAACAUGGUAUCUCAACCCCUGAGACGGAUGAGAGUGAUCAGCCAAAUGGGUUGGUAAAUACAGAUGACGACAACUCAUCCGUCUCUAAGCCGAUUACUCCACAAUCGGAGAAUGAACUCAGUGAUGGAAAAUCAAGAGCUACGUCCCCCACUUCAAAUGCAUCGGUGGCAACAAAGAACCCAUCAUCAUGGGACCCAAAAGAUGACUUGCUGCUGCGUCAUCUCAAAGAGAUAAAAAAAUUAGGAUGGAAAGAAAUAUCGCAAUAUUUUAAAGAUAGAACUCCUAAUGCUUGUCAAUUUAGAUGGAGAAGACUGAAAUCAGGUAAUUUGAAAUCAAAUACUACGGCAUUAAUGGAUGUUUCAGAGUUGCCAGUGGAUAUUAAUGAAAUCAAAACUGAUAUUGUAUUGAAUUCUGCUAGUGCGCCAAGCCAUGCUGCUCCAAUACCGCCACUUCAAGUGGAAUCCGCUGGUUCUUCUCUUUUACCAAGUGUACCGAUAUCUUCAGGAGCCCACGGGAACAGUCAGAGUAAUAUACCGUAUCAGGCAACUACUACGAGUUAUUCAGUGAGUAAUGCUAAGUUUAAUAAGUCAUUUUCUAAACCAAGAUCUAGUUCGCAUUCCAUGCCCAGACCUGGAUUUACAAUUACACCUUCCAAUCAUAAUUUACAACCGGAUGAAGAGAAUAUUGGUUUAAUUCCAAAGAUUAUUGUCAAAUCAAGACGUAGUUCAUUUGCACAUUUCCAAGUUCCUCUUCCUCUCAUAACCAGUAAUAAUAUUCCAUCCUUCACUGCUAACGGUAACAUAACACCUUCCACCUCAUCUACUUCAUAUUUGAAUGGAUCGACUCCCAAGACAAGAAAGCAUUCUAUUUCAUCUCAUCGUUUGCAUUCACAUCACAAUUACCAUCCACAUCCACAUCCACAUCAUUUCAAUCAUCAUGGGAGCGCACAAAGGAGAUCAUCCUUUAAUCAAGCUUCAUCAAAUCUAAAUUCAAGAAGGUCUUCCAUAGUCGUGGCUCAUAACAGCAAUACAUCCACAUUUGCAUCACCAAAUGUUCCAUUAAACUCACCACCAUUUAGGAAGGAUAGACAAAAUUCUAUCUAUUCUGAUAAGAAGGAUGAACAGUUAUUUGUAGAUUCUUUUCCUAAUCCACUUCAGGAUGAGGAUGAGGAUGACGAACAGGCAUGGAGCAAAGAAGAGGACCAAUUGCUACUGAGUAAUGAUUCCAGGAAUUUGUCAUUGACAGAACUUUCUAUUAUUCUACCUAAUAAAUCUGAAAUGGAUAUUAAUUUGAGAAUGAAGAAUUUGAAAGAGGGGAAAAUACACAUUGAUGAUCUUGAUCCUCUUCAAGAAUCCCUUUCAAAUGAGAAUUAA